CUUGUUGUAGCUGGAUCUUGGGAUUCAACUAUAAGGGUAUGGGAUGCGAGGGCUGGGAGGCAAAUCAGCUGCUUGAAGGGGCAUACAGAUGGUAUCUAUAGCGUGUCGUUGUCGUGGGACUCGAGGAUGAUCGCUUCAGGCUCAGAUGACCGCACCGUGAGGAUAUGGGAUGUGAGCAGUGGCAAGCAGCUGAGAUGCUGUAGAGAGCACAAUGGCAGCGUCACUUGUGUCUCGUGGUCAGAAGAUGGAAGGAUGAUUGCCUCCGGAUCAGAUGACGGGACUGUGGGGGUGUGGGAGGCGAGCAGUGGUAACUUAAUCAGCUGUUGUGAAGGUCAUGAGGGUAGUGUAAUGAUAGUUGCUUGGUCAAGAGAUGGAAGGAUGAUUGCCUCCGGAUCAGAUGACGGGACUGUGGGGGUGUGGGAGGCGAGCAGUGGUAACUUAAUCAGCUGUUGUGAAGGUCAUGAGGGUAGUGUAAUGAUAGUUGCUUGGUCAAGAGAUGGAAGGAUGAUUGCCUCCGGAUCAGAUGACGGGACUGUGAGGGUGUGGGAGGCGAGCAGUGGGAGGCCUAUAAGAUCAUGCAAGGAGAAAACAGAUUUUGUCAACAAUGUCUCAGGAGCUGUGAGAUUGAUUGAGACAACGAGUGGGAAGCUGGGUUAUCAGAUUGACCGUUCGGAAGGACCUCGUCCGUUUCCUACUCAUAUUGCAUGGCUGGGAAAUGGACAGCUGAUCGCUUCGGGCACUGAUGAUCAAAAAGUUCGUCUCUGGGAAGGGAUGUUUUUUGAAUUGAAGGAGAUGAGGAGGUCGAAGCGCUUGAAGACGGCAUGA